AUGAAUGUUACCCUUAGAUUUACCCCUCAGGUCCUCCGAGAGGCUCUACUCCACGGCAUACUCCGCUGUAACCGCAUGCCAGCCUUGGCACAGAGAUAUGGUUCCUUUCUUUUCUAUAUCCUAUGUGCGUCAUUGGGCUCUGCGAAGAACAAGAUGGAAGCAGAGAAAGGGACUAAAGUAGUCCAGGGUCUUCCUGCAGAGGCCACGGAAGAGGCCGAGCUGACCUCCCAGUUCACGAAACAGGAACAUGCCCUCGGCUGGUGGGAAGCGAUCACGUCUACAUUGCCCCGCCAUUGGCUGGAGACUUUUCAUGAUUACAGUCAGUCACAAUUUCCCAAAAAUCCUGGUUGGCCUUCCGUCUCCAAGAAAAAAACAUUCGGCUACAACCAUGACGGCAAAUACAUCAUCACAGUACAAUGGCUCUCAGCAUUUAGUAACGCCAAUCUCCUCGGUGCAGUUUUAGGCGCCCUCUGUUCCGAAAUUGCAUACAGACGCCUAGGACUGCAGCAAAUGACCGGCGGCUGCUGUGUGUUAUCCACCGCAUUCAUUUUCAUCCCAUUUAGCAGCCACACGCCAGUGCAGCUGUCCGUCGGCGAGCUCUUCAACGGGUGCAUCAUCGCUUUCUACCGGAUUUUUGCGUUGGCCUACGUCGAACUAAGCCCCACUAUCUUUGCGCGGGUUUGUGGCCACUCUAACCAAUCUUACUUCGUCGAUCUGUUCCCUCGUCGCCUCGGGUAUUCUCAAGGGCACGGAGUCAAUGGAUAG